AUGAAUGCCUUAUUGAAAGCACUUAAUCUAGAUGUUGAAUAUUUUACAGCCAUUUCCACUGAGGAUUACGAAACUCUCAAUAGAUUUAAUAAUUCCACUUACUUGCAGCCAACCCAUAAAGCUUGUUUUGGAGCAUUCGAUUCACCUAUAGUAGAAAGUUCAGAAACUUUUAAAUUAUAUCCAUCCAAAAAACCAUAUUGUACACAUGCUUAUGCCGUUUCUGCUGCUGGUGUGCUUAAGAUUAUUAAGGAACUUCAUGAAUUAUAUAUACCAAUUGAUCUUCAAUUGAUGUCAAAAAUUGACGAGGGUAUCCUCAAAGCUUAUAGUGUUGCCCCUGCAGCAAUUAUACAAACUAAUGAUAAUCCAUCUGAUGUAUCUCCUGGUGCGGAUUUUUUGGAACAUCAAACUUUAAUAAAUUCUACACUACGUUCGUUGG